AUGCCCUCCACAGCACAGAAGACGCUCUUUCUUGUCGGACCCGGCCUCAUUGGGGGGUCAUUGCUGGUGAAGCUGAAGGAAGUGAGGCCGGAUCUGAAGCUUCACGCCCUCACGCGCCGGGAUGACCAGGCUGCGGAGCUGAAGGAGCAAGGGAUUGAGCCUGUGCGGGGCUCCCUUGAGGACGCAGACAUCAUCAAGGAGUGGGCAGCAAAGAGCGAUAUCAUCAUCCACACGGCCUCAGCCGAUGACGACAAGGGUGCCUUUGCAAUUGUCGAAGGACUGAAGUCAAGGGAUAAGAAUUCAAAGCGAGCCAUCUACAUCCAGACCAGCGGCAAUGACGAGCUUGCCAACUCUGCCAAGGGCCUGGGCACAAAAUCGAUUGAGGAGAAGACCUUGUCUGACCUUAACCUGACAGACGAGGACCUGGAUGCACGGAUUGCGCCGGACGCGUAUCACCGCCACGUGGACGGGCACUUACGGAAGGAGAUCCUCAAUCCUGAGAAGGAGAAGGAGCACAACGUCGUCUCCAGCCUGAUGAUGCCACCUCUGAUCUAUGGCAUUGGCUCUGCACCUUGGCAUCGGAUCUCCAUCCAGACCCCGAUGCUCACGUCAUUCAUGAUCAAGAACGGGCUCGUCACAUUGCCUGAGGGCUUUACCGGCGCAUGGAACUGCGUGUGGGUGCACGACCUCGUGGACCAGUACAUCCUACUGCUGCAACACCUCGAGAAGCUCGAGCCGGGCCAGCAAAAGACACACUACGUCUUCCCUGCCGAGAAGAAGCCGUUCCUUUGGAAGGAACACUUUGACGCUAUCGCGGCAGAGUUGAAGAGGUUGGACCACCCGGUGACGAAGUCGAACGGCGGCAAGCCGAGGGAGCUCAAGACCAAGGAGGAGUUCAUCGAGUUUGUUGGCGGCAAGGACAACCCAUACAGCGAGUGCUUCGGCUACAUUGUAUGGGGCACCGAGAACAGCUAUACUAGCCCUGACCUUACCACCAGCCUCGGAUUCAAGCACAAAGCAAAGGGUGUCGUGGACAGCAUUUUGAAUGGAAAGGAGCUGGAAAAGUUUAUCAAGGAGCAGAAAAACUGA